UAUCAGGAAUGUCUGAGUCUUAGACUCAGAAAAUCUAUUCUUUUCUAGAAGAUGUAAUUCCAUGUACAUCUAAGAAUUAAUUUCCAAUGCCAGAUAGUAACUUCAUCCUUGCAAAUGCUCAGGUGGCUAAGGGAUUCCCUAUUGUUUACUGCUCAGAUGGCUUCUGUGAGCUUGCUGGAUUUGCAAGAACUGAAGUCAUGCAGAAGAGCUGCAGCUGUAAAUUUUUACUUGGUGCUGAAACAAAUGAGCAAAUGAUUCUUCAGAUUGAGAAAUCAUUGGAGGAAAAGAUAGAAUUCAAAGGAGAAAUCAUGUUCUAUAAGAAGAACGGGUCUUCAUUCUGGUGCCUAUUGGAUAUUGUUCCUAUAAAGAAUGAGAAAGGAGAUGUAGUACUCUUUCUGGCCUCUUUCAAAGAUAUAACAGACACAAAAGUGAAGAUUGCGGCAGAAGACAAAAAGGAAGAAAAAUGGAGAGGAAGAGGAAGAGCUGGGUCACAUUUCGAUUCAGCUCGAAGACGGAGUAGAGCUGUCCUUUAUCAUAUCUCUGGACACCUACAAAGGAGAGAGAAGAACAAAUUAAAAAUUAAUAAUAAUGUUUUUGUAGAUAAACCAGCAUUUCCAGAAUACAAAGUUUCAGAUGCAAAAAAAUCCAAAUUCAUAUUGUUGCAUUUUAGCACUUUUAAAGCUGGCUGGGACUGGCUUAUUCUACUGGCAACGUUUUAUGUUGCUGUGACUGUACCUUAUAAUGUUUGCUUUAUUGGCCAUGAUGAGCUGUCUACAACUCGAAGCACAACUGUCAGUGACAUUGCAGUGGAAAUUCUUUUUAUCAUUGAUAUUAUUUUAAAUUUCCGAACAACAUAUGUCAGCAAGUCUGGCCAAGUUAUAUUUGAAGCAAGAUCUAUUUGUAUCCACUACGUGACUACCUGGUUUAUCAUUGAUUUAAUUGCUGCACUUCCUUUUGAUCUUCUUUAUGCUUUCAAUGUCACUGUGGUUUCUCUUGUCCACCUCCUAAAGACAGUGCGGUUGCUCCGCCUCUUGCGUCUUCUUCAGAAGUUGGAUCGUUACUCCCAGCACAGCACAAUUGUUCUCACACUUCUCAUGUCCAUGUUUGCCUUGCUUGCUCACUGGAUGGCUUGCAUUUGGUAUGUCAUUGGGAAAAGGGAGAUGGAACAGAAUAACCCCCUUACCUGGGACAUUGGUUGGCUUCAUGAGCUGGGAAAACGUAUAGAGUCUCCUUACUAUGACAAUAAUACCCUGGGAGGCCCAUCAAUCAGAAGUGCCUAUAUAGCUGCCCUAUAUUUCACCCUCAGCAGCCUCACAAGUGUUGGGUUUGGAAAUGUUUCAGCCAAUACUGAUGCUGAAAAGAUCUUCUCCAUUUGCACAAUGCUGAUAGGAGCUCUGAUGCAUGCCUUGGUGUUUGGCAAUGUGACUGCCAUAAUUCAGAGGAUGUACUCCAGAUGGUCCCUUUAUCACACAAGAACCAAGGAUCUUAAGGAUUUUAUACGGGUCCAUCACCUGCCACAACAGCUAAAGCAAAGGAUGCUUGAAUAUUUCCAAACUACAUGGUCUGUCAAUAAUGGAAUUGAUUCCAACGAGCUUUUAAAAGAUUUCCCAGAUGAGCUGCGUUCAGAUAUCACCAUGCACUUGAAUAAGGAGAUUUUGCAGCUCUCUCUUUUUGAGUGUGCCAGCCGCGGUUGCCUCAGGUCUCUGUCUCUGCAUAUCAAAACCUCCUUCUGUGCUCCUGGGGAAUACCUCCUCCGGCAGGGAGAUGCCCUGCAAGCGAUCUAUUUUGUGUGCUCAGGUUCCAUGGAAGUCCUGAAGGACAGCACGGUGCUGGCGAUUCUCGGUAAAGGAGAUUUAAUUGGAGCAAACCUAUCAAUUAGGGAUCAAGUUAUUAAAACAAAUGCAGACGUUAAAGCUCUAACGUACUGUGACCUCCAAUGCAUUAUCCUCAAAGGUCUCUUUGAAGUGCUUGAUCUUUACCCGGAGUAUGCUCACAAGUUUGUUGAAGACAUACAGCAUGAUCUCACAUACAAUCUAAGAGAAGGCCAUGAAAGUGAUGUAAAAGAUGAAGAAGAUGAUGAUGAAGGAGAAGAAGAGAGCAUCACCCUUUCACCAAUCCAUACAAGAAGCACAACUUGCUCUCAACAGAAGAAGGCUGGAAGCAAUAAAAACCACCUGGGGAGGAACUUGAAGCAGUUGGCCUCAGGAACAGUGCCCUUCCAUUCACCCAUUCGUGCUUGCAGUUCAAACCCCUCAAGAACCAAACAUGAAACUGAGCUCCAUUACUAUUCCAAAAGGAAGGAGAAAAACCUUAAGUUACACCUUUCAGCACUGAAUGCUGGUGGCCCACUAGACCUGAGCCCAAGAAUUGUUGACGGGAUUGAAGAUGGAAACCACAAUGAGGAGAGCCAAACCUUUGACUUCAGCUGUGAUCAGCUCCGGCAGGACUCCAGGGUAUCUCCAACAAUUGGAGAGGCUGAAAUUGGUGCUGCAGUGCUUGUUAUCAAAGUAGAAGAGACCAAACAACAGAUCAGCAGGCUUAAUAAUGAGGUAAUGGGCUUCUGUGGAAGUUGGAGCUUAUUACAAUAA